AUGGAUCUCCGAGGAAGAGCCGUUCUCAGCGUCAAUAGACUUCAGGUUCUCCUGAUGCUGUUCCAUACAAUGGUUCGAAUCAUGGCAGAACAAGAAGUGGAAAAUCUCUCAGGCCUUUCCACUAACCCUGAAAAGGAUAUAUUUGUGGUGCGGGAAAAUGGGACGACGUGUCUCAUGGCAGAGUUUGCAGCCAAAUUUAUUGUCCCUUAUGAUGUUUGGGCCAGCAAUUAUGUCGAUCUGAUCACUGAACAGGCCGAUAUCUCACUAACCCGGGGAGCUGAGGUGAAGGGCCGCUGUGGCCUCAACGAGUCGGAGCUGCAGGUGUUCUGGGUGGAUCGCGCGUACGCGCUCAAAAUGCUGUUUGUAAAGGAAAGUCACAACACGUCCAAGGGACUGGAGGCGACGUGGCGGCUGAGCAAGGUCCAGUUUGUUUACGACUCCUCCGAGAAGACCCAUUUUAAAGACGCAGUCGCUGCCAGGAAAUACACAGCCAACUCGCAUCACCUCUCUGCCUUGGUCACCCCAGCUGGGAAGUCCUAUGAGUGUCAAGCUCAGCAGACCAUUUCACUAGCCUCCAGCGAUCCGCAGAAGACAGUCACCAUGAUCCUGUCUGCAGUCCACAUCCAGCCCUUUGACAUCAUCUCUGAUUUUGUCUUCAGUGAAGAGCAUAAAUGCCCAGUGGACGAGCGGGAGCAGUUGGAGGAAACCUUGCCCCUGAUUUUGGGGCUCAUCUUGGGCCUCGUCAUUGUGGUUACACUGGCGAUUUACCACAUCCACCAUAAAAUGACUGCCAACCAGGUGCAGAUCCCUAGGGACCGAUCCGAAUAUAAGCACAUGGGCUAA